UUUGACAGUUUUCUUUUGAGACUCAAAUUGAAUUUAUCAAUUUAGAUUUUCGUCAGUGGAAGUUGAGAAAUUUUGUAAAAAGCAUUUAUGUGAUAAGUUAAAUGUGUUGCUCAAAUAUUAUCAAGAAAUAGGAAAUAUCUAGUCAUAAAUAAUAAAAUGCGUUUAGCACUGCUUCCAGUAGUGCUACUGAUAUGUGGUAUCUGUUUAACACAAGGAUAUGAAGAUACCACAUUGGAAGAUGAUGAUUUUGCUGAAUUUGAGCAGUUUGACGCUGAUGAUGAUGCAAUUGUUGACGGUGUAGCUGAAGAAGUUGUACCGGUGAAAGUAAAAGCCAAAGAAUCACCUCCUGAUGAUUUUGUGGAGAUUGAAGAUGAUAUGAUUGUUGAGGAUGAAGAUAGUGAAUUCGAGCAUUUUCAAGACCCUGAAGAGUUUGAGGGAUUCCAUGAGACUCCACCAAAAUCAUCAGAACAACCGAAGAUAACCAUAUCAAAUGUUCCUAUAACUGCCCGUCCAAAAUGGGAUGCAUAUUGGCUGGAAGGCAUCCUAUGUUUCUUCUUGACUGCAUAUGCGAUCUCCUACAUGAUAGGAAGAGCUAAGAACACCUCCAUUGCUACCAACUUCCUCAAGCUCCACAAACCAUUACUGGAUGAUAAUUUCACACUUGUUGGAGAGACAGGCUUAGACGUAGUGGCUGUGGGGGACCAGCGCGGCUGGAAGCGAGAGGCGGAGCACUGCUUCACCAUGUGGUGUAGCGGUCGACAGUGUUGUGAGGGAAUGUUGCUGACACUCAAACUUAUAAAGCGUCAAGACCUAAUCCACGUGCUCCUGGGUCUGGCAAGACCCAAUCCAGACACUUUACAACUGCGGAUAGAGCUUGGCAAAGAUGACAGCGAUCCAUUUGUGCUGUGUGUGGCACAGAAGAAGCUUGCCACAAAACUAGGCAAGGAGAUGCAGGACUUGAGUUUGUUCUGCGGAGAACGUCGCCCCGGUGACAAACACGGCUUGCCCGGCUCGCUCAGUGUGCUGUCCGAGUGUGCGGAGGCGACGGGCGCAGUGCUUGACUCUCGGGUCACAGCAGCGCUGAAUCUGUAUCAUCAGCACAUACAAUACAUACACAUAUCCGACAGAUUCUGCGGGCCAAAACAACUAGAAGAAACUAAUGUGACAAAACCACCAGAAACUGAGAAGGUGAUGCUCGUGAGUUUUGCACUUGGUCCGAAUGGUGGUGACAGCGAAGUGAGGCCGCUGCUUCUUCUGGUCUUCUAUCUACUGGACAAGCUCAAGCGUCUAAGACUUAGUAAAGAGGCUCUGGCGAAGUGUGAAAAGCGUCGUCAGAAAGUGGCUGAAGUGUGGCUGAGAGGAGCUCACGCGGCGCGACAGGAGCAGGCCGUGCUCAGAAGAGAAGAGAAGCGCAAACAGGAAAAGGAGAAAAUUCUGGCGGAAAACGAUCCGGAGAAGCAACGCCGGUGGGAGCUGAAGGAACAGAAGCGUCAGCAGCGGCGCAACGCCCCCAAGAUGAAGCAGUUGAAAGUGAAAGCAAUGUAAUUGAUUACCUCAGUAUUUAAUGCAAUAGUUUACAGUGGGUUUGUUGAUUUAUUAUUUAAGAGUUACUCAGAGCAUAUGAAUAAAUGGAUUUAAUAUAA